GGUCAUUAAGGAAUUCAAACAUUCGAAAUGUUCAAACGUUAUACAAAAUAUAUAGGUAGUUCAUCUCAAAUAUUACAAAUGCUCGAAAUACAAACAUACCACACGAUCAUAAGGUAAAUAUGUGUCAAGAAGAUCCAUGUGGAUUCCAUCUCCAUGGGAAUCGCAGGUAUAGUCGUAGGAAGUGAUGGCGUUGAAUCCUCCAAAAGGAAAGAAACUUUUGGAGCCCUUCGGGAGAAGCACGAGGAUGCGAAGAUGGUUGGCCCAAGGCUGGCGGACUCAACGGACCCGCGACGUUCACGGGCACCCGGCCCAGGCGGGAUCGAAUCCCGGAGUUUCUCAAGAUCCGAGAAUCUUACCGGACACUGCAUGGGAAUGACAACGAGGACGUUUCGGCUCGCCCGUCGGCCAACAAGAUGCCGGCGCCACUCGCAACUUCCCCUCCAGGUCUCGCAGAACAGACGCAAUUCGCGCUCCGCGCUGGCCGCAAACCCCACGGGUGCUCAACGACUACCCGUCCUCGGGCUGCCGUGUCCGGUCGGGUCACACUCUACUCCACCCGCGCUCGGCGCUCUCCCCACCACCACAGUCCCGCCUACGACAGAGUCGACUCCACGAGGCCCGACGCAACGCACUCCGCCAGAUACGGCCGGCACGCAGCAAACUCGCAGGUCAAAAGUUUGCGGUCCUCAUUUCUGCGUCUGCACCUUUCGUCGUCUUUCCCCGACCCCGACCCCGACCCGCGGUCAAAUUGCGCGUUCUGCACAUGUCCAAAGGACGUGACGGACGGGAACGGGUGCGGUGACGCAAAGUCCGUCGCGGGGGCGGUGACGCAAAGCCGAGAGUUCCCGCUUGGCGUCACGGCGGCGACCACUUCGAGCUUCAGGACUGGCGCGACGAAUGAGCGCAUCGUUGGCGCUCGCUGAGUCUCCUCGCCUUUCCCCUGCUCUGCUCUUCUCUGCUCUUCUCUUCUGUUCUCCUCUCGUGCUCGAGGGGGGAGGGCAUGGGGAGGGGAGGGGAGGGGGAGGCGGGUUCUCAUGCAGCAGCGAGCACGCGUGCGCCUUUUACGAAAGGGCGGACGAGCGCGCGGAUUUGACCAUGUCUCGUCGGGGUCAGCGCAGCCCUUGCUAGGCAGGCUUUCUUGCUUUUCUCGCUGGCCUGUUCGAUCUCGUCGUCGUCGGAGUCGUCGUCGGCCCUGGCGGAGAAUUGUUCUGGUCUGC